GCGGCAGGAUAUACAACUAGGGAUUUUCCUCAACAACAAGUUUAAAUUCGUUAGUCAACCAAAAUCGUGUAACAAUGGGUGCUUGUCGCCCUAGAAAAUGUAGUGCAAAUAACCGAACUAUGGCAAUUCGUCGCCGUAGAGCUCUAGUUAACUUGCUAUUUUUGCGCCGUCAUUUGAUUGGACAGGCACUUGGAAUUACGAAUCGGGAAACUCCAGACCUUAGGGUAAAAUCGCGGCGACGCAAUCGUAGAAGGAGAAUGCAAUUCAGAGUCCGUACACCAAGUGAUAAUGCAAUGCGCUCAGUAAGGCAUCAUGGACAGAAUCCAAUCAGCCCAGGAUCACGGCUACAACGAAAUAAUCCACUUUGGGGACACGCCGACAUUAUAACCACAGAUAGAGCGUUGGAAGCUUUAAAUGGACUUACUACAGGGAACAGGGAACCAAAUGCAUUGUCAGUAAUGGUGCGAUAUACCAAUGGGCGGUAUUAUUUAAGCUUAGAGCCAAGUGGAAAUCAGCAAAAUGAGAACAAUAUCGUUCAAAAUCCCAGUCGGAAUGGUCAGAACCAACAGGUCGAAGACGGCAAUGAUCGGAAUCUUCAACCGGCAGCUCAGGCAGCUGAUGAUGAUAACAAUAUGACAAAUUCAAAUCCGGAGGUUCCAGAUGUCGGAGGCAAAUCAGAAGGAUCAAGGGAAUGCCCAUGAUUAGAAUCAAGAUAAUAACGAAGAAUAUGAUACUAACUCACAUAGUAUCAAGUUAAUGUAUAGUUUGGAAAGUUUUCCUUACUACACAUAUAUACAAUAUUUUCAUUACCAAAAGAGGUAAACAAAAUUUUAAAUUCCAUUUUCAACGGCAAUUAAAUUCGGGGUCGAUUAAACGGUUUACCCCCUGUCAGAGGCCACUCAAAAAUUUGGUUAUUGUUUCUGAUCUUUUUUCAAGCCGAUUAUAAAUAAUUAAAAGUAUAAAAAAAAAAAAAAAACGGUCGCCCGAGGGAAGGGGUUGCAAGUAGUCACUACGGGCAAAGAGUACUCGACCCUAAUGGGGGUUUGAUAUCGACCAUAAACAAAACGCCCAUUAGUUGUCAUGUUGGAUGGAAAGUGUGCCGCUGACGCGUGCGACCUUCAAGGAUAUUCGCACACUCGCCAAGCUGCAGGAGAAAUGAGAAAUGAGGAAUGACUUUGUUUCAAAGGAUAUUUGCAUACAUAAUUCGAGUGCGGCUGCGCCGAACCCUUGCCCAAAUGAAAACAUUUAAAAUGUUUUGAUUUCAUUUAUGUUAAUUUCCAGCCAUAAAUCACAACCGACCGUGUGCUUCCUGUCGCAUCCUGCAACAAUAUUUGUCCUUGCUGUUUGAUUAGCCCUUAGCCCGAACCCUCACUCGCAUGCAAAUGAGAACUCUGU